AUGGCGUCCGUGUAUAGCGGGUCCCAUACCUUGAGCAAAGAUGAUGUGAAUUACAGGAUGCAUUUCCGAAUGAUAAACGAGCAGCAGGUUGAAGAUAUCACCAUAGAGUUUUUCUACAGGCCCCACACGAUAACGCUGCUGACAUGCACCGUUCUCAGUUUGAUGUAUUUCGCCUUCACAAGAGAUGAUGGACAUCCUGACAAUAAUAUCUGGGUGGGGCUCAUCCUGGUCAUCUCCUUUUUCCUCAUCAUCAGUGUUUUGGCAUUUCCAAAUGGUCCAUUCACCAGACCACAUCCAGCAAUAUGGCGAAUAGUUUUUGGUCUGAGUGUCCUCUACUUCCUCUUCCUGGUCUUCAUCAUCUUCCUGAACUGGCAGCAGGUAAAGCAGCUAAUGUACUGGUUGGACUCGAAUCUGCGCUAUGCCAAGAGAGAGGCGGACAUAAUGGAAUAUGCUGUGAACUGCCAUGUCAUCACCUGGGAGAGAAUCCUAAGCCAUUUCGACAUUUUUGCAUUCAGCCAUUUUUGGGGUUGGGGUAUGAAAGCCCUGCUCAUUCGAAGCUACGGCCUCUGCUGGACCAUCAGUAUUACCUGGGAGCUGACUGAGCUAUUCUUCAUGCAUCUGCUGCCUAACUUUGCUGAGUGCUGGUGGGACCAGGUGAUUCUGGAUAUCCUGCUGUGUAAUGGAGGUGGCAUCUGGCUUGGCAUGACUGUUUGCCGCUUUUUGGAGAUGAGGACCUACCACUGGGCCAGUAUUAAGGACAUCCACACCACCACAGGGAAGAUCAAACGAGCUGCGUUACAGUUUACCCCAGCUAGUUGGACCUAUGUACGCUGGCUUGACCCCAAGUCUUCCCUGCAGCGAGUGGCAGGCGUCUAUCUCUUCAUGAUCAUCUGGCAGCUAACAGAAUUGAACACCUUCUUCCUCAAACACAUUUUUAUCUUCCCUGCGAGCCACGCUCUUAGCUGGUGUAGGAUCCUGUUCAUUGGUAUCAUCACAGCUCCAACAGUGAGGCAGUAUUACGCGUACCUUACAGACACACAGUGCAAGAGAGUUGGGACCCAGUGCUGGGUGUUUGGAGCGAUAGCCUUUCUGGAGGCCUUGGCAUGUAUAAAGUUUGGACAGGACUUGUUCUCAAAAACACAGAUCCUCUAUGUGAUCCUCUGGCUGGUGUGCUUGGCCUUCAUCACAUUCCUGUGCUUAUAUGGAAUGGUUUGGUAUGCUGAAAAUUACGGUCCAAGAGAUAAGAGCUUCUCAGAAUGUGAUGACAGUAAUUACAUAGACUCUGCUGACCACCUUUCAGAAGGAUUUAAAGGAGAGACAGAGGUGGACGACGACAGUCCUAUAACCAGACGGAGAGGAAAGGGCUCAGGAAAGACCCAAUCCAUCAAUGGCCUGGACAGCCAGUAGGAAUCGGAGCCAGAGGCUGAUGAGCGACUCCUGAACUCACUCAGAGGAGCCGGGUGUGAAGGAUCACAGGUUGGAUAAAGGGAGGUAAAAAAAAACAAAACAAGACCAUUCCCUGGUGUAAUUGUGAAGUCUAGAAAUCCCCCCAACUACAGUAGAGGGAGUGGAGACAGGAGAGACUGUGUGUGGUGGAUGAAUAGCUCCAUACAGGGUUUAUUAGGAGGGCACAGAAGGCUUGGACUACAGUGAUGCACACAAAAAUGUGUGCUGUAGUCAUAAAAGCUCCUAAACCACUGAUUGCAGGUUUCUUUGUGUGAAAGAGAACGAGAAGACGAGUCGUAUUUUUGUGUGUGUGUUAGAAAGAAAUGGCAAUAAAGAACUGCCGAUUCUAGAUUUGACUGCAUGAUCAUAGUAGCUGAUAAACUAUAAUUUACAAACAUUUAUCCUAUGAUACACUAUAUCAUUGAUGGCUAAUGUGCAUUUGACUGGUUUACACCAGCCUUAACUACAUUAUGUUGGUUCAAGACAUAUAUAGAAAGCCAUUAUGUAGAAUUUAUCACAUUACUUUGAGCCUCUAUGUCUAUAGCAUAGAAAUGCUUAAGUCUUUUUUUAAUAAGUAUCUUGUCAUCUAUUGUCUGUUUACAUCACAUAGACGUUCACGCUGUUUAAUGUUUAUAACUUGAAUGUGAGCAGGAUUUCAAUGCAAGGCGGCUUUAGCUGGGGAGGAUAAUUGACUGAGGUAUUGUGUUUGACCUGGAACAAAGCAAAGCACACCGUUAAAGCACUUUUCAGAAUGUCUUCUUGGAAAUACUGUACAUUUGUAAUGUUUUGAGUAUUUUGUGAAUCAUUGUGACCUUGAGUGAUUUUAUUCUCCCUGUCCAUAUGUGGCUGCUAUCUUUUUUUUUUCUUUUUUUUUUCUUGUUUACUGUACUGAUAAUGGAGGGCAAUUAUUCAGAUUCUUGCAUGUGUUGUAAGGCUCUACCUGUCUGCGUGCGGGUGACUUUGUUUUACUGCCGACCUUCUUGUUAUUGCAUAUAUUGCAUCUGCAUGUGUGUCAAAUCAAGUGUUUUUAGUAAGAAAAUGUAGUCAAAGGAUUGUUGUAUUACACCACACACCAGGGCAAUAGUAUUGUCACUUUUUGUCUUUCACUGUCAUUGUAACAUUUUAAUUCACCCUUGUGCCUGUAUGCAUGUUCUUCUUUUUUUAAUUACUAACUUUUCUCAGUUUGUAUGAAGACACCAUUUUGAGCUUUUGUGUGUAAUUCUUCUGCUCUGGAGUGCUUUAUUAAAGGUUUAUUUUAAUUUGCUCUGUCAAUAUCAUCUCAGUACAGAUAUAUCCCUCAUAAUCCUUGACAAUCCAGACGUUGACCUCUGUGGAAUGGACCAGGCUGUCAUGGUAGACACUAUAAAUGGUACAUUGUCUCUGGAUUUAGACGUAAUUUGCCAAAACAAGUCUGCUGAACAUUUCUUGUGCUGUUAUUUUUCACUGUGAAAUAAUGAAACAUAUUAAAAUGUUUUACAUUUCCU